UCGGCCGCCAGCAACCGAGCGGGGCCCGGCCCGAGGUGGGCUUGGGAGGGUGAGACGCCGAGGGCAGGGGAGCUCGCGCCGCUGCUCCGGACAGGGCCGCGCGCGCCGCCUCAGGAACCAUCACCACUGCUGGAGAUAGUGACAGAAAUCCCAACCAGUUAUCGGAGCAACCUCAGCUAUUAAGACAUAGCCAGGAACUUAAAAGUGUGGCGCCCACGCAGCUGCCGCCAUGGGGUCUGAAGACCAUGGAGCCCAGAACCCCAGUUGUAAGAUCAUGACAUUUCGCCCAACCAUGGAAGAAUUUAAGGACUUCAACAAAUAUGUGGCCUACAUAGAGUCACAGGGAGCCCAUCGGGCAGGCCUGGCCAAGAUCAUUCCCCCGAAGGAGUGGAAGCCACGGCAGACAUAUGAUGACAUUGAUGACGUGGUGAUCCCAGCACCCAUCCAGCAGGUGGUAACGGGGCAGUCAGGCCUCUUCACGCAGUACAACAUCCAGAAGAAGGCUAUGACGGUGGGGGAGUACCGGCGCCUGGCCAACAGUGAAAAGUACUGCACCCCACGCCACCAGGACUUCGAUGACCUGGAGCGCAAGUACUGGAAGAACCUUACCUUCGUGUCCCCAAUCUACGGGGCUGACAUCAGCGGCUCUCUGUAUGACGACGAUGUGGCCCAGUGGAACAUUGGCAGCCUAAGGACCAUCCUGGACAUGGUGGAGCGUGAGUGUGGUACCAUCAUUGAGGGCGUCAACACCCCCUACCUGUACUUCGGCAUGUGGAAGACUACCUUCGCUUGGCAUACCGAGGACAUGGACCUGUAUAGCAUCAACUACCUGCAUUUUGGGGAGCCCAAGUCCUGGUAUGCCAUCCCGCCGGAGCACGGCAAGCGCCUGGAGCGGCUGGCCAUCGGGUUCUUCCCCGGGAGCUCACAGGGCUGCGAUGCCUUCCUGCGGCACAAGAUGACACUCAUCUCACCCAUCAUUCUGAAGAAGUAUGGGAUCCCGUUCAGUCGGAUCACACAGGAGGCUGGGGAGUUUAUGAUCACGUUUCCCUAUGGCUACCAUGCUGGCUUCAAUCAUGGGUUCAACUGUGCAGAAUCUACCAACUUCGCCACUCUGCGGUGGAUUGAUUAUGGCAAAGUGGCCACUCAGUGCACAUGCCGGAAGGACAUGGUGAAGAUCUCCAUGGAUGUGUUCGUGCGCAUCCUGCAGCCCGAGCGCUACGAACUGUGGAAGCAGGGCAAGGACCUCACUGUGCUGGAUCACACCCGGCCCACGGCCCUCACCAGCCCUGAGCUGAGCUCCUGGAGUGCCUCCCGCGCCUCACUGAAGGCCAAGCUCCUCCGCAGACAAAUUAGUCUGAAAGAAAACAGACACUGGAAAAAGACUGAGGAGGAGAGAAAACCAAAUCUAGAAAGGAAGAAAGAGCAGACCAAAAAGCCGGGGCUGUCGUCUCACCGGAAGCGGAGCCAGCCCAAGAAGCCCAAGCCUGAAGACCCCAAGACCUCCGGGGAGGGUAUGGCUGGGGCAGGCCUCCUGGAGGAAGUGGGGGGCUGUGUGAAGGAAGAGGCUGGGCCAGAGGCUGAUCCCGAGGAGGAUGAGGAGGAGCCACAGCCAACAUCACAUCUUCGGGAGGCCGAGGGCACAGAAGAGGAUGGAAGGGGCAAGCUGCGGCUGCCAGCCAAGGCCAAGAGUGACCGAAAGAAGAAGAGCUACGGCCCACUGCCUCUGCAGCCACCACCCACUCCUGUCCCCAUCCCUGCUGAGGAGGCACUGGGGCCACUGCCCCCACUGGAUCCCCCAGUGCUGGGCUCUGCGGUCAUAGAAGAGAGCCCCCCACCAGCGCUCCUCAACGUCGUGCCCCCUGAGGUGCCCAGUGAAGAGCUCGAAGCCAAGCUGCGGCCUAUCAUUCCCAUGCUAUAUGUGGUGCCACGGCCCACUAAGGUGGCAGUUGACCAAGACCAUGUGUCCUGCCAGCAGGCUUUUGAGCACUUUGCCCAGAAGGGUCUGACCUGGAAGGAGCAGGCCUCCCCCAUGGAGCUGACAGGGCCAGAGGAGAUUGGAGCAGGCAGCGGGGCAGGUCGACCUGAGACCAAGGCCCGGACUGGAGAGAUGCAGGCACCAUCUACCUUUUCCAAACUAAAGGUGGAGAUUAAGAAGAGCCGGCGCCACCCCCUGGGCAGGCCACCCACUCGCUCCCCGCUGUCAGUGGUCAAGCAGGAGGCCUCAAGUGAUGAGGAAGCAUUCCCUUUUUCUGGAGAGGAGGAUGUGAGUGACCCCGAGGCCUUGAGGUCUCUGCUGUCCCUGCAGUGGAAGAACAAGGCAGCCAGCUUCCAGGCUGAGAGGAAGUUCAAUGCAGCAGCAGCCCUGACGGAGCCCUACUGCGCAAUCUGCACUCUCUUCUACCCCUACAGCCAGUCUCUCCAGACUGAGAAGGAGAUGCUCCAGCCAUUGCUUGGGGAGGGCUUGUCAGCUGCUCCACCUUCCAAAAGUGGCCAGAAGACCCGGCCCCUGAUCCCUGAGAUGUGCUUCACCUCCGGCGGUGAGAACACAGAGCCGUUGCCUGCUAACUCCUACAUUGGCGAGGAUGGGACCAGCCCACUGAUUGCAUGUGCCACAUGCUGCCUGCAGGUCCAUGCCAGUUGCUACGGCAUCCGCCCGGAGCUGGUCACGGAAGGCUGGACGUGUUCUCGGUGUUCGGCUGGUGCCUGGACUGCGGAAUGCUGCCUGUGCAACCUGCGGGGCGGAGCGCUGCAGAUGACCACUGAGAGGAGGUGGAUCCAUGUGAUCUGCGCCAUUGCUGUCCCUGAGGCCCGGUUCCUGAAUGUGAUUGAACGCCACCCUGUAGACAUCAGCGCCAUCCCCGAGCAGCGGUGGAAACUGAAGUGUGUGUACUGCCGGAAGCGGAUGAAGAGGGUGUCGGGCGCUUGCAUCCAGUGCUCCUAUGAACGCUGCUCCACCUCCUUCCACGUCACCUGUGCUCAUGCAGCCGGCGUGCUCAUGGAGCCCGACGACUGGCCCUAUGUGGUCUCCAUCACUUGCCUCAAGCACAAGGCGGGCGGCCACCCUGUCCAGCUCCUGAGGGCCGUGUCCCUGGGCCAGGUAGUCAUCACUAAGAACCGCAACGGGCUGUACUACCGCUGCCGCGUCAUCGGCACCACUGCGCAGACCUUCUAUGAAGUGAACUUUGACGAUGGGUCCUAUAGCGACAACCUGUACCCGGAGAGCAUUACCAGCAGGGAUUGUGUCCGGCUUGGGCCCCCUGCUGAGGGUGAGUCAGUGGAGCUACGGUGGACAGACGGCAACAUCUACAAGGCCAAGUUCAUCUCCUCUGUGACCAGUCACAUCUGCCAGGUGGAGUUUGAAGAUGGGUCCCAGCUGACAGUGAAGCGCGGAGACCUCUUCACACUGGAGGAGGAGCUGCCCAAGAGGGUGCGAUCAAGGCUGUCGCUGAGCACAGGGGCCCUGCAGGAGCAUACCUUCUCUGGGGAGGAAGCAAAGGCUGCCAAGCGCCCGCGUGUGGGCAUUCCACUCACCACCGCCACCGAGGACAUGGGGCGGAACCCGGACUACUUGGCCUUCAUGGAGAACCUCCUGCAGGUGCAGGGCCGGCCUGGAGCCCCCUUCUAG